AUGAUGCUAAGCUAGUCCUCCGUCAUUACCAUCAGCGGGGAGCUGUGACUAACCAAACCGCUGCUGACGCACGUCUGGCAGGCUUUUGUGGACCAACAUCGCGGUGUUUAAACCGAUAUUGUCUCCGGUGUUACGGCUCCUUUUGUUACCGUUUAGUUUGAUAAGUUGCAGUAAAGUUAAUUUGAGGCGGUAACCAUGGCGGAGGGUGCGGACGGGGGCGCAGGCAACACCGCGAAAAGAAAACAACCAGCCUGGAGGAAGAGCCGCCAGAGCCGGCACAAGACCUCCAGCAGCCGGGUGAGUCUAGAGAAAGUUUUGGGGAUCAGUACAGCCAGCAGCAGCGGUUUGACCUCUGACCCCAAAUCUGGGCUCAUUGCCUAUCCUGCAGGGUGUGUCAUCGUGUUGCUUCACCCAAAGAAGAACAAACAGAGUCAUAUUAUCAACACGUGCAGAAAACCAUUCAGCGCUCUCUCCUUCUCCCAUGAUGGUAAACACCUGGUCACUGGUGAGAGCGGUCACAUGCCCUGUGUGCGGGUGUGGGAGGUGGGCGGAGGUCAGGUGGCCGAGGUUCAGUCUCAUAAAUACGGAGUUUCCUGCGUGGCGUUCUCCACCAACAGCUGCUACAUCAUCUCCGUGGGAUACCAACACGACAUGACCGUCAGUGUGUGGGACUGGAGGAAAGGUUCGAUCAUCGCCUCCAACAAAGUGUCCAGCCGAGUGUUCGCCGUCUCUUUCUCUCAGGACAACGGCUACUUCGUCACCGCAGGAAGCAGACACGUCAAGUUCUGGUACCUGGACGCCUCCAAGGAACGACGGGUGAACAGCACGGUGCCUCUGAUUGGUCGGUCAGGGUUGCUAGGCGACCAUAAGAACAGUGUGUUCAGCGGGGUGGCGUGUGGCCGCGGCGUCAUGGCGUCCAGCACUUACUGCAUCACCAGCUCUGGUCUGCUGUGUCUGUUCAACAGCAGCCGGCAGCUGGAGGCCUGGGUCAACCUCAAGACGUCGUCAGCGAGCUGUCUGGCGGUCAGUGAAGACUUUAUCUUCUGUGGUUGUGCUGACGGCGCCAUCAGAGUGUUCAGCCCCUCUAACCUGCAGUACAUCACCACGCUGCAGCGGCCGCACCGCCUCGGGGUCGACCUCACCCAGAGCAGCAGUCUGUUACCUGCCAGUCCAGGCGCUCAGUACCCUGACACGCUUGCUUUGACCUUUGACCCCGCCGCCAGACACCUGACCUGCGUGUACAAUGACCACAGCGUGUAUGUGUGGGACGUCAAAGAUGUGAGGAACGCUGGGAAGCUCUACUCUGCUCUGUACCACAGCAGCUGUGUGUGGAGCGUAGAAGUGUACCCGGAGCUGUCAGAUGUGUCUCAGGCCUGCCUGCCUCCGUCCUCCUUCCUCACCUGCUCCUCUGAUAACACUGUCAGACUGUGGACCACCGAGCCCCCGACCGCACACAGAAACCUCUACAGCAACGACCUGCUGAGGAUUCUGUACGUGGGGGAGGACACGCAGCACCUGCAGGCUGAGGGGGAGCGAGGGGAGGCCGCCGGGGCUGAUGGGAAGGCUGGGAUCAGAGUACUGGGGAUCAGCCCUGAUGGACAACACCUGGCAGCUGGAGACCGCUGUGGAAACCUGCGUAUCUUUGGUCUGGAGUUCCUGGACGAGCUGGUAAAGAUUGAGGCUCAUGACUCGGAGGUGUUGUGUCUGGAGUUCUCCCCCACAUCUACAGGUGUGAAGCUGUUGGCGUCGGCCAGCAGGGAUCGACUAAUCCACGUCUUCAACCUGGACAAGAACUACAGUCUGGAGCAGACGCUGAACGACCACUCAGCCUCCAUCACUGCUAUCAAGUUCACCGGUGAGAGUCCUGAGGUCCGGAUGGUGAGCUGUGGAGCCGACAAAAGCAUAUACUUCCAGACAGCUGAGCAGACGGCAGACGGUCCGGCGUUCUCCAGGAGACACCAUGUGGUGGAGAAAACCAUGCUGUACGACAUGGACCUGGACUCAUCAAGGACGCACGUCGCCAUCGCCUGUCAGGACCGAAACGUCAGGGUGUACAACGUGGAAACUGGGAAGCUGAAAAAGUGUUUGAAAGGCUCGUCCAGCGAUGAAGGAGCUCUGCUCAAGGUUCAGAUGGAUCCUUCUGGCUCGUUCUUUGCCACCAGCUGCUCCGACAAAAACAUCACCAUCUUUGACUACGAGUCAGGAGAGUGUGUCGCCACCCUGUUCGGACACUCCGAGAUCGUCACCUGUAUGAGGUUCAGUCAGGACUGCAGCCACCUCAUCACUGUCUCCGGAGACAGUUGUGUGUUUGUGUGGCGUCUAGACCCUCAAAUGACGAAGACGAUGAGGAAGAGGCGUGGGCUCAAACUGCCAGCUGCACCGAGGCAGCAGAGCAUCAGGAGGGAGACCUUCAUCACUGGGCCGUCAGCUCAGCUGCCUCAGACGCUGGAGGAGGAGGAGGAGACAGACCUCGGGACACCGGACAGACUGGACUCUGCUCAUGAUGCUCCACUGCUUCAGACCAACGGGAAGCUGCCCAUGUGGUUCAGAAAACUGGGCCAGGGUGGAGCCUCCUCCACCGUCCCGUCAGGCACCGAGCCUCGUCAGGUGCGGAGCCGGUGGACGGAGCAGCUGAACCCUCUGACCAUCUGCUCCAACUUCUCCCCGAGUCCCACCAAGAGUCAGGAGGAGGAGGAGGAGCAGAGAGAGGAGGAAGAGGAGGAAGAGGAAGAGGAGGACUUCCACCCUCAGAGUCUGGAGAGUCUGCUGGGAGAGGAUGAAGAGGAGGAGGAAGAGGAGGAGGUGCUGCAGAAUCCAGGUGAGAACAGGAGCAGCUACAUCCUCUACCCCAACACCACCGCUGACAGGGAGUUUGACGUGGAGGGUGUGGCUGACCCUCCACAGUCUCUCACCCAGUUGGAGGUCAGAGGUCAGGGGGUGGGGCCAGUGUGGAGCACUCAGCUGAGUCCGGACUCGGCCCUCUCUGAAGGCUCAGCAGGAAGUCUGGAGCAGCAGCACGAUGCCGAUACAGACUCCCUCAGUCAGGGCAGCUCUGUGGGCAGUCUGGGCCUCGAGGACGACGAGGACAGAAACUCCCUGAAGAACCACUUUGACACUCUGGCCUCAAGUCUGACUGAUGAGAAGUUUGACACAGACCCGAGGACUCUGCAGCCUCCGGAGGAGAAACACUACCUGAACCCUCGACUCAGUAUCUCCACGCGCUUCCUGUCCCGAUUCCAGGACAGAAUCAGGGCGUGGCCGAGCCGAGCUCUGCCUCCUGUCUCAAUUUCAACCAGGAUCUCAGAGGAGAGCAUUGUUGGCAACGCAUCGGUGAACUCUGAGUCGAGCAGCGAGGUCACCUCGACUGAGUUGGCUCAGAAAGAACACGACAACAACAGUGGUGCGAGACGCAGCCAGUCAGUCCUUCGUCGUAGAAGUUCCUGCGAGAUUUCCCAACAAGCCCUGUGUCGCCCAACACGCAGGCGACAAACUGUGGUCCCAUGCAGAGAAAUGCUGCGAGACGUCACCACUGGGACUCUGGUGGCCCACAACAGCAGCACGGUCUCCGCAGUCCAGCAGGGGCCUCCUCGGCUUGGAUACCUGGGAACCACAGCCAGUUCCAGGGCCAAACUAAACCAGGAGCCUCCCACUUCCUCCAGCCAGGAGGAGGAGGAGGAGAAGGAGAACCUGUCCUCCUCAGACCUCCCCCAGCCUCCUGCCCCCCUGCUGUCUACCGGUCUGGACCUAUACAGCGCCAAACCUGACCCCCAUCAGGACCAGAUGAGCAGCGUGGCUCCGUCGCUGACACUCGACAGUUUGAGGACUUGCAGCGUCAGCAGCUUGGAGGAGACUCUAGAGAACCAAACCUCCAUCCUAAGCCCCGCCCCCUCCAUCACCCCCACGGCCACACCCACCGCCUGUGACAUCAUCAGGUGCUCCGCCUCUACGCAGGUGCAGGAUCCAGGUGAAUCUGAGACCUUAAUGCAGACUGAUGCAGUAUUAGACUCACCUUUGAGAGCCGAGCCGCCGGCCUCUGCCUCCUCUCCUCUGUCACAAACGCCCCGCCCCUCUCAUCCAGCUUCAGAUGAUGAAGAGUUGAUCAGUCUGCAGCAGUGUCAGCAGGUCGCUAACGAGCUGAGACAGACAGCAAGACGAGCCCUAAACCUUUACCAACAGCUCGGCGUGUCAGCCGGGACUUGUGAGCGCCGUCUCCAGAGGUCGUCCGUCCUGAAGGGUGCGUUUGAUGUCGUUCACUCCGAGCUGCAGGCGGUGCUGCAGGAAGCGGACGGGCGGGGCAGCAGCGCCCCCUCAGGGCAACCGGAGGACGACGGGACGUUGUCUCUGCUGGAGAAAUACUCCGAGCUGCUGGUCCAGAUGACCCAGAACAAACUGAACCGGAUCUGAACGAGGACCGGUCGCUCUGCUGUCGGUACGGAAGCUGAAAGAGGACACAUUUCACUGACAAAAAACACAAAGUGACUGAGCGGAGCUGAUUUUAAAAACAUCAGUGUUACAUUGAACGCACCUUAUGUUUGUUAUUAUGGUAGAAAAAUAUUUAAUGUUUUAAAUCACCAUCACUGUGUUUGUACAUAAACUUGAGUUUUAUAUGUUUCUUAAUAAAUGUUCAAUGUGUCUGAGUUUUAUAAA